UCGAUUUCCUGUUUACAAGCUGUCAAAAUCAGAAAAAUCACUUACAACUUAUUUCACUUGUGAAUGAAGACUAAAAAGUAUGCCUCGUCAUGGUAGCACAGGUGAUACAGGUGGCAAAAAUCCUGUCAAUGGCACCAGUGAAGACAACAAUUCCCUUGAGUCGUCCGGAGGUAUACCACAGUCAAUAUCCUCUCCUGUAUUUUCUCCUACCAGGUCAAGAGCUAGUUCAGAGUCUAAGUUGUCUCAGGGGUCACAAGAUAAAGCUGGUAACAGUUCAUCUAAAUUGUUGAAGAAAGAAUCUUUGAAGGUACAAAAGAAAUACUAUAGAAACCAGAAGAAACAAGCGACCAAAGAAUUGCUGAGUACAUUAAAAGAUGCUUCUGUGAUUGUGUUGGCUGACUGGCUUAAAGUCAGGGGGACAUUAAAAGGUUGGACCAAACUAUGGUGUGUGAUUAAACCAGGUCUACUUGUCUUAUACAAAAGUGAAAAACAAAAGAGUAGUCACUGGGUUGGAACUGUACUGCUGAAUACAUGUAGACUGAUAGAGAGACCUUCAAAGAAAGAUGGAUUCUGUUUUAAAUUAUUUCAUCCUCUGGAUCAAUCUAUUUGGGCUACUAAGGGACCAAAAGGGGAGACAAUUGGUGCAAUAGUACAACCACUGCCAUAUUCCUACUUGAUAUGUAGGGCUUUGUCUGAAGCAGCAGGGAAAUGCUGGAUGGAUGCACUCGAACUGUCAUUAAAAUGUACCAAUCUGUUAAUGAGGUCAAUGAAGAAAGAUGUUGACCUAGAUACAUCACAAGACAGUCAGCCUGAUGCUGAUUUGAACUUUGACAGUAACCAACAGCUCAGCGAAAAUCUAAAUGAGAGUGAUUGUGAAAAACAUUUUGAGGACCAAGGACUUGAUGAGGACAUGAAGACAGAUAGAGAAGACUUGAAGACCGAUUCUGAGACAGAGUCAGAGGAGGAGGGGGACAAGACAAUCAAUAAUCAACAGCAACCAUUGGAGACACCCUAUGUAGAAAAUUUCACUGAAGAGUUGGGACAGCAAGGAGAUGCCUGCCAAACAGAAGAGGUAGAUGAUGAAAACAAAAGCUUGAUUUGGACACUUGUUAAACAGGUACGACCUGGGAUGGACCUAUCAAAAGUGGUUUUACCAACAUUUAUCCUUGAACCACGGUCAUUUCUGGACAAAUUAACAGAUUAUCACUACCAUGCCGAUAUAUUGUCAGAUGCUGUGACAACAGAGGACCCAUUCACAAGAAUAAAAAUGGUAACAAAGUGGUAUCUGUCAGGGUUCUACAAAAAACCUAAGGGUCUAAAGAAACCAUACAAUCCCAUAAUAGGAGAGACUUUCAGAUGUUACUGGCAUCACCCCAAAACAAACAGUAGAACUUUCUAUAUAGCAGAACAGAUAUCCCAUCAUCCUCCAGUCUCAGCAUUUCAUAUAACAAACAGACAAGAUGGCUUUAGUGUUAGUGGCAGUAUUCUUGCAAAGUCAAAAUUUUAUGGUAAUUCUUUAUCUGCUGUUUUGGAUGGUACUGCUAAACUGACAUUUUUAAAAAGGGGAGAAGAUUACUUCAUCACAAUGCCAUAUGCCCAUUGUAAAGGUAUUUUGAUCGGUACAUUAACCAUGGAAAUGGGAGGAAAAGUAUCAAUAGGUUGUCCUAAAACAGGAUAUAAAUGUGAAAUGGAGUUUAAAUUAAAGCCAUUUCUUGGAAGUGGUGAAGCAUCAAAUAGAAUUGUGGGUAAAUUCAAAUGUGGUUCAGACACAAUAGCAACACUUGAGGGACACUGGGACCAGGAAAUUCAUUAUAAAGAUAAAAGUUCAGGGGAUGUAUCUUUAUUUUGGCAACCAACACAAGAAGUAAAAUCUCAAAGAUUAAAAAGAUUUACUGUUCCAUUAGAGCUGCAAGGUGAUAUGGAAUCAGAAAGACUUUGGAGGAAUGUAAGUGAGGCUGUGAUCACUUGUGAUAUGAAAUCUGCAACAGAAGAAAAGUUUAUUCUUGAAGAGCGCCAAAGAACUGAAGCAAAGGAACGUAAGGCUAAACUGUUGGAAUGGGUCCCUGCAUUGUUUGAAAGAGAUGUGCUGACUAAUGAUUGGGUCUACAAAUUCAUAGACAUGAGACCAUGGGAUGUGAGCAAUGACUUAUUGCAGUAUGAAGUAGACUAUAGAAUUCAGACCUGGACUAAACAUAGAACCCCAGUGGUUAGAACUUGUAGUAUUACCAGUCUAGAGAAACAACCCGAUAGUCUGAACUCAUCCAUUAGGAACACCUCUAUUAGGAUGCUAAAGGUGGUAGGGGAAGAGAGUGAAAGUUCAUGUCCAGAAGCAGAACUUCUACAAGAUAGUGAUUCAUCUGAAAGACAUCCUGGCAAAAAUCGUAGAGUUCAGCGUUCAUGUUCCAGUAACAGAAACAGACUGACUGAAGAGACCAUAAUUAGACAGCUACAACCUCUUGUGGAAAUUCAGAAAGAAUUAAGUGACAAUAUAAAAAGAUUAAACUCCAAGAUCUCAAACUUGUCCCUAAAUCAGCCUGAAAACAAUGGCAUGUUUAAUGUUGGUUCGCAUUGGAUAAUCCUGGCAGUUGUUUUAACAUUUCAAGUAUUUUUGCAAUGGUUGUUCAGGUGAAUUAUUUGUUUAUACUCCAAAUAUCAUUAUCUGUUAAUGCACUGUGCACCACACUGUUGGAUCUGUUUGUUUAAUAAUUAUUGUAUAAACACGUUUGGUAAGUUUUUCUUGUAUUUGGGACCAAAGGUUUUUACCAUUCUGUAUUUUGUACUAACUUAUCUUUGUCUUUUCUGAUCUUUUUCAUAAAUCAGAAACAUGCCUUAAUAAAGCCUUUGAUAAUCAGAUGUGGUGACUACCAGAAGGCUAUUAUUGUGACAUUAUUCAAAUUUUGGUAGGCAAAAUGUAGUAAUUUACUUCUAUUGAUUAUCGUCUAAAUGAAUAUACAAUUUCUCUUAUAGUGAAUAUAUCAUUUUACAGUUAUUUUUUGUUCACAGAUUACUGUAUAAGUAUAAACUUUUGUCAUUUAGGUGCUGUAAAUAACCUUAAAUGAAGGGCAUCAAAUAUUUGCCAAAUGAAUUGUACAUUUUUUGCUUGAGUGCUUUUAUGCAUUAACUGAUUUUGCUAUUGACUUGUAUCGGGACCAAUGAUAUACAGAAAAUGGUGGGAUAUGGGUGCUUUGUCUUAAAUUAGUGGUUCAUACUGUAACUAGUCAAUUUUUAACUUUGUAUAUCAUAUAUUCUGAACAUUAGUUUGAACAUACAAAAGAAUGCACUUUUUCUGUUUUCUAUUGUAGGGGAAAGGAACACAAUGUAGACUUAUUUUUUUUCAACUGAUCAAAUCUAUUCCGAGAGCUUUAAAAAAAUAAAAUUGGUCUGGCAGAACUAAAAUAAAAAAUUUAAAGGUCACCUAAAUCAAGGUCGAGCUGAAGAAAUUCACUGCCAUCUUAUGUUAAAUUAUUUAUUAGUUGUCUGUAACUCUCUAUAUAGUGUUUGACUUCCUGAACAUGCAUGAAAUAUUUGCCACUGGACAUUAAGGGAACAACAACAAAUCAAUAACUUUUUUUAACUUUUAACAGACAGAUGACAAUGAACAUAUUUAGUUCAAUGUAGAAAAUAUUGAUAUUAAAAUGUAUAGAGCUCAUUUUACAAUUCCCCGUUUCAGAAUAUUAUGCAUUAUAGGUAAUAGUUUUAAAAGUGUACACCAACAUGCUGUGAUUGGCUAACAACGUCCCAAACAAUCGAAAUUCAAACAAUGAUGGGAGGUUGGUUUCAUUCUGGGGUACAAACAAAUGAAAUUACCCAUAG